CUCAAUAUAAUAUAUAUCACACAGUUUUCGGAUAUGGCUGCAGAACCUUAAUUAACAUUUUCGAUCCAGUACUCAAAUCAAUUAAACCAUCGUUUGUUUCUCGAGAAAAUGAAGAAAUUAAUUAUACAACUGGCCAUGCCAUUUGUGGUGAUGAUGUCCACCUUCCAAGCCCAAUCCCAAGAACGCCAUGAUGACUUGAGGCUUGAUUGUGGAGCAUCAAAAGAAACACCAGCAAGUGAUGUCGUUUAUUGGCUUCCUGAUGAAGAUUAUGUAAAAUCUGGAAAAAACUACACUCUAACUUAUAGCCAAAACUUUAGCACAUUAAGCACUCUAAGAUAUUUUCCAGAUAGCCAAACAUCCUGCUAUAAUUUACUGUUUUAUAAAAGAGAUGGAAAAUUUCUGUUUCGAGCUGGGUUUUACUAUGGCAAUUAUGAUGGUUUAUCAAGCCCUCCAUAUUUUAAUUUGGAGAUAGAUGGUAAUAUAUGGGCAACAGUAACAACUUCUAUGAGCGAAGAUGAUGCGAUUUACUAUGAAAUGAUUUAUAGAACUAAUGGAGACAGUGCAAAAGUGUGUUUGACAAGAACUAUGUAUGGAGGUGUUCCUUUUAUUUCUUCUCUUGAAGCUUCUUAUUUUUCCUCGGGUGAUGAUCCUCGUUAUGGGUUUUAUCUGUUGAUGGAAAAUAAGAUUGCUUUGCAGCUUCAUAGCAGGACUAAUUAUGGUGCUAAUGACACCACCGGGCAAAUGGCUCCAUAUGAUGAAUGUUGCAACCGGAUUUGGAAACCGAAACAAAUGGCAGAAUAUCGCAAUAUUGCUUCCAAUUACAUCCCCACAGGAUAUUUCUAUGAUGAAAACCAACCUCCGGAACGUGUAAUGUCAACAGCAAUACAAGCAAGAAAUGUCACAAACUCAAUCUAUCUAUCUAUAGACAUUUCCCGUCAAACAACAGUAAUAGCCUAUUUCGUAUUCUAUUUCAGUGACCCAAUUUAUAGAUAUCCUGAAAAACCAAUUGGGAUAGUUGAAAUUUUUAUUGACAACAGAAAAAUGGGUGUUACUGAUAUUCCUUACAAGUAUGACGACGACGAAAUGUACCGUGUCGUUUCAUUCUAUCCUGUUGAGGUUAAUGGUUCAGCUAAUAUAACAAUUUCUCCUGCACAGAACUCUACAUCGGCACCACUACUUAAUGCUAUGGAAGUGUUUUAUGUUGUUAAUGUGACUAAUAUGUCGACCAAGUCAGGUUAUUUAUUGCCAAAUUUCUGGGUGGCAAUAUGCUUCUUCAGCCUUCAUUUCUUGUUGGCCAUUAUUUGAAAUUCCAAAAUUUCCUAAAAGGAUAUCUUUUA